UUAAAAACCCUUGCUCUGUUUCUUCUAUCCCGUGUCAUCUCAUCCAAAUAUCGAAUGGCUGUUUUACUAUUUAUAAGUUAUCUAUUCUUAUUAACAUCAGCAGCAGCAGUUGUAUCAUCGAAGAAGUUAGUUAUGAUGUAUCCACUAAGUCAUUCCUUAUCUAGGAAUUCAGAAUUAUUAUUAUUUAACACAUCGCUUCUCCUGAAAUCCACAAGUAGCCGCUCGGCCGCCCGUUUCAACAACAAAAGGCAGCAGCAGCGUCGUGGUGCAGCAGCAGUGGCUCUUUCUCCGGGGAGUGAUUACACCAUGCCCUUGUCACUUGGAGGAAGAGUGGAGGUUAGUGUUUAUAUGGAUACAGGAAGUGACAUCGUCUGGGUUCCCUGUUCAUCAGGGAGUAAUUUUACUUGCAUUCUGUGUGAAGGUAAAACCCACCUAUCUGCUCAUCAUAACUUAUCUGCCACUGCUUCCCCUGUUUCAUGCCAGUCACGUGCUUGCUCUGAUGUCCACUCUUCUAUCCCGACUUCGGACCUCUGUGCCAUGGCUCGAUGCCCCUUGGAAUCUAUUGAGAUGUCUGAAUGUGACGACUCAUGCCCUGCCUUUUAUUAUGCUUACGGCGAUGGAAGCUUCGUUGCCCGUCUUUACAAAGACACACUCCAAAUGUCUUCUUUGAUCAUCAUAAAGAAUUUCACGUUUGGUUGUGCCCAUGAAGCACUAGGGGAGCCCGUUGGGGUUGCUGGCUUUGGCAGGGGACCUCUGUCUUUACCCGCUCAGCUGCAUCAUAAUCAAUUCUCUUAUUGCUUGACUUCCCACUCUUUUGAUUCGCACCAUGUCCGACAACCCAGCCCACUCAUCUUAGGCCGUCGUUUUGGCAAUAAUAGUGACUUGGCCUACACUCCCAUGCUUGAAAACAUAAAACGUCCUUACUAUUAUUACGUUGGGUUAGAAGCAAUCACGGUUGGUAACAAGCGUAUACCAGCCCCCGAAAAUAUGAAGAGGAUUGACAGACAAGGAGACGGUGGUAUGGUGGUUGAUUCAGGUACCACUUACACUAUGUUGCCUCCACAGUUAUAUAACUCGGUUGUAUCCCAGUUUCUCAACACCUUCAAACGGGCUGCCUCUGUUGAAGACAGGACUGGGCUUAGCCCGUGUUACUACCUACCGCCCAAGCCCAACAAAGUCGUAAUACCACAACUGGUGCUGCAUUUUGUGGGGAAUACAAGUGUGGCGAUGCCAAGCAGGAAUUACUUCUACCAGUUUACAGACCAUCAUCAUCAGAAUAAGGCUGUGGGUUGUAUGAUGUUAAUGAACGCUGGUUUUUUUCCAGAUAGUGAUGGGCCCGGGCCAGCUGGGUUGCUAGGGAACUACCAGCAACAAGGACUGGAAGUGGUUUAUGAUUUGUUGAACAAACGAAUCGGCUUUGCUAACAGGAAAUGCGCCUCUUUGUGGGAAACCUUGCAGCAUUAGUUAAUUAAUUACAACCAACCAACCAAACGCGCUUUUGGCUUUGACUUUCUUUUGGGGUUUCCGUAAAGUUGACCCGCCCGCUCGUGCGGAUUAUUUAACACUCGUAUUAUAUUGUGGAAAGUUGUAAAUGAAAUAAAUGUAUGGGCUGCCUGCCUUGCUUUGUCACCUGCCACGCCUCCCAUUUUCUGUAAAAUUACUUCCGUAUGUUCGUAUAAAUAAAACUAGUUUU